CAGUUCUUUACGAAUCGAAUUUUCCCCUCAAGCUCGAUACAUUGAGCAUAUGACCUUGCCAGGUGGCUUUCAGCAAUUCACGAUUCGUGAAUCAUCCGGACAACUACCAGGGAAGCUCCUCACACGAGCGGUUUAUUUUCAGGGCAUCCAUUCGCUACAUGUGUCUGUUUUGGGGCUAAUAAAAAACAACAUAAGACGCGCCGUGCGGUACUCCAUGCUCUUUUUUAGAUGGCUGGUGAAGCUUGAUAUUCCAACCCCGAAUGUUCUGCACAUGCUUUUCAGCAGGGCAUCCAAUCGCAGCCUUGGAGAGUGGCUUUUUGUGGCAAAUGCGACGAAUGCCCAGGCUGGUCUCUCCGUCAUGACAAAUGCUACACGGGAGUGCCGUGGUUUGGUGUGUUCAAAGUCCGCAACGGACUUCUGAACCUCGUCAUUGUCACAAACGAGGAAUACAAGGUCUCAUUCCCCACCAGCUGGCACUUGUGCCUACAACAGGGAACAAGGCUUGGCUUGAGGGUGGCACUCGGAGGGGAGCCAGUGGAUCUCCAUGGCAAAGUCCGGCUAUAGUUUAUGGUACGGAAUGCAUUCUAAGAUUGUGUAAUCUCGCCAUUGUUCGGGCUAGAAAUUCGAUUUAUCUGCCGCUCAGUUCGAAAACAAAGUCAAGGGGAGCAGUGACUGCUUUCAGGAAGCUUUUAUGUGCUUACAUCAGAGGUUGGAAUAGCGCAUCACGUCGGCUCGGUCUUUCGGUGUCUGAGGGACCAGAUGAAGAUCAACAAAUAACGACGGCCUUUCUUGCAUUGAGCACUGUCGGAACUUUCAUAGCUCCGAGCGGCAUGAAUAACAGAACGACGUCUUAAGCGUGCCAUGUGAGGUUCCUGGACACAGCCUGGCUGCUAGUAUAUAAUUAAAUUACGGUGG